CCUACAAGGAGCCAUGCAAAAAUGAUACUAAUACCAAUCAAAUACAUAUUAAGUUAUACUGAGGCCCAAAAGCCUGAUAUUUGCUCACUGACUACUGGAAAGCCUCCCUCAUUGUACAUCAAUAUCUGAAGUACGCUGUGGUUUUUAUCAGCAAUACAAGACUGCAUCCUUGAUCCAAAUUGAUACAUUUUAAGGCAUGUGGCGGGGGGAGCCUGGGGCAUGGCCCAGAGAGGCGCAGAGGCGGGAGGAGAAGCGGGCGGAGGCCAGGCUGGCGGGGGGGCUGCAGCGACUGGAUGAGGCACGGCUCUACCAUCUGAAAACCCUGGCAAGGGAGCAGCGUCGACUGCAGCGGGACCUGGGAGCCAUCAGGAGCAGUAACCCCUGGAGGAAAACCAUCCAAAGCCUGGGGUCACGACCUUGGGACCCUGACCUCAAUCACCCAACCUUAUCAUACAAGAGGACCUUCUUACCCAUAAUUCCACGGGGUGGCCAAGACCCUGAGAAACAGAGAUCUCAGAAGCCAAAAUCUGGAGGUGUGGGCGGCUCUUCAGCGGGACUGCAGGCUCGGGUACGUGAGUUCAUGGGCGCUGGAGAUCCAAGAGUGGAGAGCUCUACGGCACCGCUCUGUCUGCCAGAUCUCAAAGUGCAGAACGCUGCCAGACUCAGCCCGACUGGAAAAGUGGAGGAGGGGGAGACGGAGAGGAAGGAGAGGGGGCCACAGAGGGAAGGGGAGAGAUGCUUCCCCUCUCCGCCUCCUCCAGCUGAGGCUACAGCCCUGGACAGCCGCCUUGCCCCGGACGGCCGCCUGAGAACUGUCCAUACUCUGCCAAGUUUCUCCCAGGCCCUGGCUGAAGCCCGCAAAGCACGCUACAUCAGGCACCGCGGCCGUCCGCUCUGUGAGAGGGAACUGUCAGUGAGAGAGAUAUUCGCAAGGACCCCUAAAGACACCAACACACACUAAGCUGUACUUCCUGACUUCCCUAACCCUGCUACUGACCAUCCUAUCCUGACCAUGCAAUGUCCAGCCUUUAUGGCCUGCCAAGUAAUGUAACAGACACCCCAUGACACCUGUCCCUAUAUCUUAGUUCGCCAGCCUGACAUCAGCUUGCCAUAUUUUACAAACA